CCGGAGGCUUCUAAACAAUCUGCCCGCCCUCCCUAUCUUCUGGGCGCCCGCCACCCUCGGCCAUCCGGGCCUUGCAGGGGCUGCGCGUGGCCUGUCCCGCUGCUCCGGGCGUCCGAUUCUCGCCCGCCGCCAUGGCAGAGUUGGGCCUAAAUGAGCACCAUCAAAAUGAAGUCAUUAACUAUAUGCGUUUUGCUCGUUCAAAAAGAGGCUUGAGGCUCAAAACUGUAGAUUCCUGCUUCCAGGACCUGAAGGAGAGCAGGCUGGUGGAGGAGACAUUCACCAUCGACGAAGUGUCCGAUGUCCUGAAUGGGCUCCAGGCCGUGGUGCAUAGUGAGGUGGAAUCCGAGCUCAUCAACACAGCCUACACCAACGUGUUACUCCUGCGGCAGCUUUUCUCCCAAGCCGAGAAGUGGUACCUUAAGCUGCAGACAGACAUCUCUGAACUUGAAAACAGAGAACUAUUAGAACAAGUUGCAGAAUUUGAAAAAUCAGAAUUUACGUCUUCAAAUAAAAAGCCCCUCAUAGACAUUAUGAAGCCAAAACUUGCUCCACUGAAUGAAAGCGGAACAGCAGAACUCCUAAACAAGGAAAUUUUAAGACUUGUGGAAGAGAAUGAGAAAUUGAAGUCAAGGCUGAGGAACACUGAAGUACAGGCUACAAAUGCGUUGGAUGAGAAGUCAAAACUAGAAAGAACUCUGCAGGAUUUGCAGCUUGAUCAAGGAGAUCAAAAGGAUCUUGGAAGGGCCCAAGACUUGAGUGACUUAGAAAAUACAGUUGCUACUCUCAAGAGUGAGUUUCAGAAGACACUUCAGGACAAGAUGGAAAACCAGAAGUCUCUGGAAGAGAAUUUGGCCACAGCCAAGCAUGACCUCCUCCGGGUUCAGGAGCAGCUGAGCCUGGCUGAGAAGGAAUUAGAGAAGAAAUUCCAACAAACAGCAGCUUAUCGAAACAUGAAAGAGAUUCUCACCAAGAAGAAUGACCAAAUCAAAGACCUGAGGAAAAGACUGGCCAAAUAUGAAUCUGAAGAUUAAAAACAAAAUGAAAUCAUCCGGAAGCUGCCACACAUGAAAAUAGAAAAUACAAGCUGUUUCUCACCUCAGGCAUGUAUUUUGAAGCAGUUUGUUAUAUUUUUCUCUCUUUAUUUUUCUAAUAUUUAGACUUUGCUUCUAAUAUUUGGAAGUAGAGUUCCUUUUUCAGUUGUUUAAUUGAGAAGAACUAGAAUUUACUGAUUCUGGCCCGUCUAAAACUCCUGUUUGCCCAGUGCUCUAGAGUCUUAGUUCAAAUACCAGAACCAUUUUUUUUUCCAUAAGGAAGAGAUUUUAGAGUGGGAGGUAGAGUCUUUUGAAUUAGCAUAUAAAAGAUACCAUACUAAUGUUGAAAGUUAGCAUUGUCUAUUCUUGUGCGUUCCCCAGUGUAAAUGUAUAGUUAACUAAAGACGGUUAUUACAAAUAAAUCUUAUUUUUAGAAACAAAAUCUAAGUAAUUUUCUGUUUGAUCAUUUAAAUGUUAAUUCAUUGAAAAUGUGAAUGCAGUCUAUUUUAGCAAAAUUUUUACCAAAUUAAUAGUGAACAAGAGGAUUCUCUUACCUUGCUCACUCAGUGUCUGAGUGCUAUAUUUAUCAGAGAAGGUGCAGUCAGUUUUUUGCAGCAUAACUAUGAGUCUGUAUAAUUGACGGAGAAGUGAGAGUCAUCCUGAAUUACUACUGUUGAGGAGAUAUCUAGGCUUAGAAUAAAUGUAAUCUCUGUACUUUUAAAUUACAUAUUAAAUAAGAACACUGUUAUAAAGAACAUAAGAUCAGUUAUGAGAUCUCAGAUUCAGUUGUUGAUUUUAAUUUUUUAUGCAUACCUAUAGGAAA